AGACUGCUGCUAUGCGCGUGGAGCAUCCAGACCCAGUGUCACGGCCAGACUUUAUGUGAUUGUACUGUGGACCGUCUCAGGACUCACGCCGGGAAGAAUAUGAAUAAAGUGCACGCGCCAUGCCGUCCCACCGCUGCGCUCACGUUUACCAUCGACAACAUACUUAACUUGAAGUCCAGUUCAAGGAGCACUGACGGCCUUCCCCCUCCGAAAAAUGAACUGGCCACGCGCACAGACAUCUAUCAGAAGCCGGAGGACACGGGCCAGCUGCCCAGACCUGUUAUCAGCGAGCUAAUCGCAGAUUCAGUCAUCAUUAGUCAAGGAGAGCAGGAAAAAUCCACGGACAUGCGCUUUGAGAGCGGCGACAGCAGCUGCGAGGACAACAGCUCCACAACCACGGACGCGUGCCACGAAGGCAACUCCUCCAAGAAAAGCAAAAUGAUUACAAAAAAGAAGACGCGCACGAUAUUUUCCAAGAGACAGAUUUUUCAGUUGGAGUCUACUUUUGACAUGAAGCGCUACCUGAGCAGCGCGGAGCGCGCGUGCCUCGCCAGCUCCCUCCAGCUCACAGAGACACAGGUCAAAAUCUGGUUUCAGAACCGCAGGAAUAAACUUAAACGGCAGAUCUCAACUGAGAUGGACGGAGCCGUCGGGGACUUUCCUGAGAGUGGGAAGGCUGUGGCUCUGGGGCAACUCCCGGCUCUGUAUAAGGAGAGCAGUCUGCUGGGCAGGUGCUUGCUGCCCAUGCCCCUACCAGUGAUGUAUCCGGGCGGCAGCACGCCUUACCUCUGCUUCUCCGGCGCCUCCAAGUACUUUGGCUUGUACGACGGGGACGUAUGAAGCACACACUGUGCAAAGGACACUGUGAUGCGCUCGGUGCCAGUCAUCAGCAUUUAAAAGCGUGGAGCAGGAGUUAGGCCUGGACUGGCGGCACGAAAAUAGUUACAUAUCACGUUAAUGUAAGCGGACUCAGAUUUAUUUAUUUUUGAGCCUUAUAGGCCUAUGUUUUCUAAGGACUGCUAUUCACAUGUUUUAAAAACAUGGCAGGCAAAACUGCAGAACCACAGCUAGCCUUAUAGAGAGGCCUGCUUCACUAUCAACCCCAUACAUUUAGUUCAUGCAAUUAUUAUUAUUAUUAUUAUUAUUAUUAUUAUUAUUAUUAUUGGAGCAGCCUCAGCCACCAAAGAAAUUACUAUAGCCUAAAGCUAUAUUUGCAUGCAAUUCCUGUAUCAAAAAUAAUU